GUAUCAUUCGCGCGACCGAUAAGUGACUCAGGCGAUUCGCUCACGCGUGCUUCCGUAUAGAUCGCGAAGAGGGACAAGGCGAAGGCCGGAAGGGAACGAAGGGAAAAGCCGGACUGUAGGGAGACAAAUUGCGGGCUUCGGUCGUCCCGAGAUGGCAUUGAAAUAUCUGGCUGCAUGCACGACGUGUUUCCGUUGCAUUCUUGUUGCGGCGGAAUCUGCAUGCGCGCGCGCUAUCUUUUGUCAGCACCGCAAGAGACGGACGGUCCACGUGGUCGCGAGGAGGAGGCAAUCGUCGAUUGUCACUCACGUCGCGUCCACGCGAAAAGGCGUCCCACGAUCGUCGUCUCUCGCAGCUCGCUUCUCGCAUGUCGGCUCAACUCUUCUUCGCCGCUCUCGUUUUCGUCUUUCCGCGCGCUGCACAAUCCACGCUCGCCACGUCGCAAAUCAACGUCCGCAGUCUUUAAUCGUGCACGCGCCGCCGUUCGCGUUCCGCAUCGUCGGUGCACGUAUCCGCACGUCGCAGUGCCGGGGAUCAUCUGAAUCUCUGAACGAGGGAGAAGAGCGGCGAGCGUUGCGAAAAUCUGGGAAAGUGACUCCUCGUGAACGAUGGUAUCCUCGACGGUGACGGAAGCGAGCCCGGUGAAAAAAUCAUGCGGCGCGAUGGGCAUUGCGCCGGGAGAUUAUCGCCUGGUCGGCUGGGACAUGGACACCACCGGCAAGAAGGUCAUCGACGAGAUCUGCCAAAUAGCCGCGUACACCCCUAACUCCACUUACUCGCAAUACGUGAUGCCGUACAAGGAUCUCAAUCCGACCGCCAUAAAGCGUCACAGUAUGAAGGUCGUGACCAAUGGUAAAUUCCGCGUGCUCAGGAACAGCAAGACCAACGAGGUAAUCAAAUCUAAAAGCGAAGUAUCAGCACUUACGGAUUUCCUGAGCUGGCUGGAGACCGUGAAGGAAAACGCUGCGGACGGUGUAAUUCUGGUCUAUCACGAGCCACGCAAGGUUAUUCCUGCGAUGCUGUUCGAGUCGUUGAAGAAAUACGAUCUAGUGGAUCGAUUCAAGCAGACGGUCAAAGGAUUCGCGAACGGAUUCAACAUCGCCGAGGAGAAGUGCGCGAACUCGGCGCACAUCUAUUCCCUUCGUACUCUGUCGCGCACGUUGCUGAAGAAGGAAGCGAAUCUGGGGAAUGCGCAACACAGAGCAUCGCUGGCGUUACAAAUAGCACAAUACUUGUGCUCCUUCGACGGUGAGAAGACUGAAGACGCGAUCGAAAGCGGGGACACCGAUGAAAAAUCUAUGAAAAAAGCAGUCGAGGUUAUUCGAGAAUUCGCACAGCCUGUUGACGUCGAGGAGAAGGAACACAACGAACUGAAGAUGAUAUUCGAGCGGCAGAACAACCUACGGCCCAUAUUCAGCGCCCUGUUCCGGAUGAACCGCCGCGAACGUCAACACGCCAGUCCCCUGCGGCGACUGUUGGCGGAAGCCGGGAUCGUGUACUCGGAGCUACAGGACGCGUGGACCAACGCGAAGAAGGACGGGCUGGAACAUCUGAUGAAGGAGAAGCUGCCGGCGGUCGAGGAGAAGAAGGUGGAGGAUCUGAUGAUCAUCCUCGAGCGCCACUUCGACCCGGAGAAGAAGCCGAGGAGCAAGACGCCGGAGAAGAAGGGGCUGAAGUCGAGGAACGAGAAAAAGAUAAGCGACGACAAGGAGAAUAACAACAAGAGCGACUCGGGCCACGACAGCCUCGACAGCCCGGAUACCACGACAUCCGGGUCCCCGGUCAAGCUGAACGACGACGACAUCGAGAUCAAGACGGAGGCGUGCGCCGCCCUGACGCAGGAGAGCGCCGAGCGCGUCACCGUUUAAGCGAUGCCGCCGCGACGCACUGCUUCUCGACACCUCCUCUCUUUUACGCGCCGCAAAAGCGGGGAGUACCUCGCGGCCGCGUCCCCCCCUGUCGCUCGUCGACGGUCGACCCCCCCCCCUCCCCUGGCUGGCCGGCGGACGGGCGAACGUGGAUUCUUUUUUUGUUGCCAUAACGGUCGCGGAUGACGAAAAAAUAGAAAUUGAUAAGUAACGCGGACGAGCGUGGAUUCAGCGUGUCGAAUACAGCUCGCGAUUUAGCCGGACUCUGCUGCAGCAAGAGCGCGCUGUGUGCUCGUUAGAAUCACCGCUAAAUCCGUGCUCCUCAGCCCGCGAGGGGAUCCCCCGUUUUUUUUUCUCUCCUUUUGCGGCAAUUCUAGGAUAAAAAACGUAUUUAGAAUUAAGGUCUAACGAUUCGUCCGACGGGCGAUGUUGUGCGUGAUCAGAGACGAGUGUUAUUUGUUACAGUAUUGCAAUUUUUUCUUUUCUCCCCUCCCCCCCUCUUUAAUUUCUUUUAAUUUUUUUUUAAUUUUUGUUCGCACUGGUACGCCGGCAUGAUUAAAAGAAAAACCUAAGGACAGGUUUUCUGCGAGACACGCCGUCGAACUUAGCUCAAAUGUACAAAUAACACGUUAAGCGAUGUUUAAGUUUGUUACGCGCAGAGAUAUUUAAUAUCGUUACGUUUCAUAAUUUUAUACACGUUUGUUUUCUCUCCUCCCCCCCCCCACCACCCCGCUCUCAAUUCUACCCCUGUUUUCCUUCUUUUAUUUAUCCCAAGGAUAUUCGUACGCUCGCUAACUGUGGCGAGAGCGUCCGUUCAAAUAGACUGCUGCAAGUGUGAAAGGUAUAGGAAGUAUCGCGGGUCCGCGUAAGUUACCGCAUAAGUUCACGAUGUGUACAGUACGAUGUGCACGAUAUUUUCUACUUUUUACCGUUUAAGCCGCGCAUGAGGCGCAUGUGUGUGGUAGUAUUAGAGAGAUAUAUUUUUGUAUUGAUAGAUGAUAUAAAUUUUUGUUUCUGCUGUGAGAUCUCAUUGUAUGAACAUUUGAACAAUAAAGAUUCUAGUUUAGUUUAGUAA